GGAGCCAAACCAUCCACAAAAUUAAAGAAAAGAAAUGAAAAAAAAAAAAAAAUUGGAGGAAGAAAGAAAAAAGCAGAGAUUCUGUGAGAUUCAACAGAUAUUCAUUUUCAGUUUCUUCAUUCGAAUUGGGCUCGAUAACAGAAAAGGAAAGUGAAGAAAAAAAAAACAGAAGAUAAAAAUGAGCAAUUAUCGAGCAAUAUGUAAACCACACACACUCUUUUUUUCAUUCACAGUUUGUUGCAGAGACAUAGUUCGAUCUCGAUCGGUGAUUAGGGUUUCAAUUCGAAACCCUAAUUCUAAUUCGAAACCUCGAUUAUCUUCGACCUCAGUUUUCUCUCGCUGGCCCAAUUCCUCAGAAGUACUUCCCAAGAUCGAGCCUUUGGGCGUUGGAUCAAAUCAUCAGAGAAGGACUUUGGUCAAGGCUUCGAACUGGACCGAAGAGAAAUCUCCCUAUGAAACCCUCGAGUUGGAAAGGGAUGCAAAUGAAGAGCAAAUAAAGCUAGCUUAUAGACGUUUGGCGAAGUACUACCAUCCAGAUGUUUACGAUGGAAGAGGGACUCUUGAGGAAGGGGAAACAGCUGAAGUUCGAUUUAUUAAGAUUCAAGCUGCUUAUGAGUUGCUCGUAGAUAAGGAGAGACGGAGGCAAUAUGAUAUUGACCAUCGAGUCAACCCAAUGAAGGCAUCUCAAGCAUGGAUGGAGUGGCUUAUGAAAAAGCGAAAAGCUUUUGAUCAACGGGGUGAUAUGGCAAUUGCUGCUUGGGCUGAACAGCAGCAACGUGAGAUGAAUCUCCGUGCACGCCGGCUCUCUCGUUCAAAGAUUGAUCCAGAAGAAGAAAGGAAGAUCCUGGCUAAACAAAAGAAGGCAUCCUUGGAGAACUUCAAUAAUACUUUGAAGCGCCAUACUCUUGUCUUGAGGAAGAGGGAUUUAAUGCGAAAGAAAGCUGAAGAAGAUAAGAAAAAGGUUAUCAACCGGCUUCUGGCAGCCGAGGGCCUUGAGCUUGAAACUGAUGAUGAUGAAGCAACGUAGACAUCUCACCACAUUCUCUGUGCUACUUGUUAAAAAAUAGGUUGGAAACAUACCCUGAAGCUGUACUGGUCCAUAUUUUAUUGUACAAAUGGGAAAAAAAUGUAAAUAUGAUACUAUGCAAACAAAAUGAAUGAAUACACUGCUCUUGAAAUAUGCUGUCUGGUACUUUGUG